GGGGAGGGAGGGGCGGCGGCGGACGGCGGGUCCCUGCCCUUCCAUGAGCGCGCGGCGCAGCCCCCGGCGCCCCCUCUCGCCGCUCCUCUGCCUCUGGCUGCUCGCGGCCGCGGCGCGGGGAGGCGCGCAGGCAGCUCUUGCCCCUGUUCAUUGCCUUUCGUUCUGUUGGUGAAGAUAUCACAGUGAUGUCUGCAUUCAACCUGCUGCAUUUGGUGACAAAGAGCCAGCCAGUAGCCCUGCGAGCCUGUGGGCUUCCCUCAGGGUCAUGUAGGGAUAAAAAGAACUGUAAGGUGGUCUUUUCCCAGCAGGAACUAAGGAAGCGGCUAACACCCCUGCAGUACCAUGUCACUCAGGAGAAAGGGACCGAAAGUGCCUUCGAAGGAGAAUAUACGCAUCACAAAGAUCCUGGAAUAUAUAAAUGUGUUGUGUGUGGAACCCCAUUGUUCAGGUCAGAAAGCAAGUUUGACUCCGGUUCAGGUUGGCCUUCGUUCCACGAUGUGAUCAGUUCCGAUGCAAUCACAUUCACGGACGACUUUUCCUAUGGGAUGCACAGGGUGGAAACAAGCUGCUCUCAGUGCGGGGCUCACCUCGGGCACAUUUUCGACGAUGGCCCUCGUCCCACCGGCAAAAGAUACUGCAUCAACUCAGCGUCCCUGGCGUUCACACCCGCGGGCGGCGGCGCCCAGGGGAGCAGCGGGCCGGGUGGCCCGGCCGCGGAGGGCAGAGCCGAGCUGUAGGCCCGGAGCCCUGGCCCAGGGUCCUCGUGGCGCAGCUGGGUCCAAAGAAAAAUCAGAAAACAACUAAACCAAAAAACAAAACAAAAAAAAAAAAAAGAAAAAAAGAAACAAAACCCCAACAA